GCUAUGAGACUCUAUUGACGUACGGUCAUUCAGAUCUGAUAUACUGAUCAAAACAAUCAAAGAAGUACCUCAUAGUCCGAUCAGCGCCGAGACUUCACCGGCAAUUCAUCGAAUAUCAACCAUGGCUUCCAGAAGCCAAGGCCACAUCAUUGAGUUCCACUACGAUAUCUCCUGUCCAUUUGCCUAUAUCGCCUCCACGAAAAUCGAAGCCCUCGCGACCCGAACCGGAGCCCGUAUCAUAUGGCGUCCCGUGCUACUCGGCGCCAUCUACCGCGCCACUUCCGCUCCGCAAGGCGCCGGUGGUUCGGCCUCCGACGUCUUCAACGUGACAAAGAAAGAGGUCUCCAACGCCGCUUUCCAGCGGACUAUCAGGCGACAUGGAAUUCCUCAUCGCCAACCACCUCGGCACCCGAUGAAGACGACCGCUGCGUUGAGGUUGUUGUAUUUCGUGGAUGAGGUUGACAGACCGGCGUUGACGCAUGCUUUGUUUCGAGCUUAUUGGGUGGAGGGAAAGGAGAUUGGAGAGAAGGCGACUCUGAUUGGGGCUGUGAGGAGUGCCGGAGUUGGAGAGGCGGAGAGGAUUGUUGAAGCGGUUGAGAGUGGGAGCUUUGAGGGACAGAAGGAGAGGAAGUUGCUUGAGGAGGCAACGAAUGACGCUGUUCAAAGAGGGAGCCCCGGCGUUCCUGGGUUCUGGAUCCCGGAGCAGAAGCGCCUGUACUGGGGUCAAGAUCGAAUGCAUCUGGUCGAAGCGGCGAUACAGGCUCUCAAUGAAGGUCAUGAUCCGUUCGAGAUCAGCAAGAUCUCGAAACCGUUGCAGAGCUUGUUGCCGAGAGCGAAGAGGGCUACGAUUCCGAAAGGAGAGGAAGUCAAAGUCGAGUUCUGGUACGACUUCAGUUCGCCUUGGGCGUUCCUGGGCUGGACGCAGUUGCCGAGACUACAGCGACAGUUCGGAUCGAGGCUGCAGAUUGACAUGAAGCCUUUCCUGCUGGGUAUCUUGUUUAGAGAAAUCGGUGCACCGAAUACUCCUUUAGCUGCGAUAUCCGAGCAGAAACGGAAUUAUAUGAACGAAGACCACAAGGACUGGUGUCGAUGGUGGAAUGCCGUGAAUGCGCAAACCGGCAACCACGACAAAAACAUCGACUUCUACUGGGCGGACAACUUCCCGAUUCGCACACCGACGUUGCUACGGAUAGCUUUGGUCGAGCCACGUUUGACGACAGCACUCUAUCGAGCCUGCUGGGAACGAAACCUCGACAUGUCGGACGACGACGUGGUCGCCAAAGUUAUCGACCAAGCGGGUUCCGACGGCAAAGCUCUGAUUGCGAAGUCCAACGAAGCAGAGUACAAGUCCGAACUGCGAACUCGGACCAAACAGGCGAAGGAUGCUGGGAUGUGUGGUGUACCAACGUACAGAGUCUAUCGUCGGAGAGAAGGGCAGGGCGAGGAGGCUUGGAAACAGACGGGAGGACUGGUCUGGGGACAGGACGAGCUAGCUGUGGUGGAGGACUUGAUCGCUGGCUGGGACGGAGACAGCGUUGCUACUGUCGAUGAGGUCGGGUUAAGAAAUGGUCCAAGCAGGCUGUAA